CGUUCUACAGACGGUCACAUUGUGGCUAUAUAUCUUUAAAAAAAACAACCAAAAUCAAAAAGUUAUCUUAUCGCCGCUCCCGCGCCCGUUAUUCGAUUGUAAGCAUGCGAACGUGAAAAGCGGACACCAAAGUCGCGAUGUUGCUGCUGGAGCUGAACAUUCUGACCCUGAAUAUUUGGGGCAUACCAUAUGUGUCGAGUGAUCGUGGACCCCGCAUCGAUGCCAUCUGCAAGGAGCUGGCCAGCGGGAAGUAUGACAUUGUGUCCCUGCAGGAGGUGUGGGCACAGGAGGACAGCGAGAGGCUGCAGAAGGGCACGGAAGCGAUCCUGCCCCACAGCCACUACUUUCACAGCGGGGUAAUAGGCGCCGGUCUGCUGGUGCUCUCCAAGUAUCCCAUUCUGGGCACGCUGUUCCACGCGUGGUCCGUCAACGGCUACUUCCAUCGCAUCCAACAUGCGGAUUGGUUUGGCGGCAAGGGUGUGGGCCUGUGCCGCAUCCUGGUCGGUGGCCAAAUGGUGCACCUGUACAAUGCCCACUUGCAUGCCGAGUACGACAAUGCCAAUGACGAGUACAAGACGCACCGCGUCAUACAGGCCUUCGACACUGCUCAAUUUAUCGAGGCCACCAGGGGCAACUCGGCGCUGCAGAUCCUGGCUGGCGAUCUCAAUGCCCAGCCGCAGGACAUCUCAUACAAGGUGCUGCUCUACACAUCCAAGAUGCUCGACAGCUGCGCCUCUGACUCUUUUCGCACCCACGAAUGCCAACACAACUCGUAUACAUCUAAGCAGGCUCGAGAAAGAAACCCCCAGGGCAUUCGCAUCGAUCACAUCUUUGUGCGUGGUGGAGAUCACGUGAAUGCUGAGAUAGCCGAGUACAAACUGCCGUUCCCGGAACGAGUGCCCGGCGAGAAGUUCAGUUUCUCGGAUCACGAGGCAGUGCUGGCCAGGUUGAAAUUAUUCAAGCUGGUAGCUAGGACGGAGGAGCCAGUGGCCACGAUCGAGGUGAACUGCCAGGUGGAAGAGGGCGAAAGCUGUGCCGUCAGGGAGCUGGGGGCAGGCGAUGCUCAGUCCGGAGAAGACGAUCAGCCGGAGGUCCAGUGCAAUGGCAGCUCUACUUCCAUCCAAUCCAUGCCCGCCGCCAGAACUGCCGCGCUUCACGAGGCUCUGGCCCUGUGCGAUGCUUCCCUGCUGCAGCUGAAUACAGAUCGGAUUCUGUACUACAGCGCCGCCACCUUCCUGUUCGUCCUCCUCGUCCUGCUGGUGGAGUUCACAGCCCCCGUGGGCAUGCGUACCAUCUUCCUGCUGCUCAAGUUCAUCGUGUUUGGCGUGAUCCUGUUCUGCGUGUUCAUGGCCUCCAUCUGGAACUACAUGGAACGAAAUGGAGUCUUGCAGGGCAAGAAAUCCAUGGAAGUGAUGCUGCACCAUGCCCAAAAGUACGAGUACUUCUACUGAAGCUGUGUGGAGCAACCAUGCUCAAUGCGCAUUUAAAAUCCAUGUGUACCGUAGUUAAGCUAGCGUUGUAUUGUCUAUGACAAGAGUUUACCAUAACUCUGACUUGAUCUUUUACGUCCUGUAAUCUUGCAAUGCAUUUCUCUCUCUUCAUGUGUAACGUCAUCCAUAUCCCAGGAAACAUAGUUCAAUAAAAGCGACCAACAUUAAGCAACACUUAA